GAUUUCUACGAAGGGACUUGGAAACGGAACCUUCAGGACGGGCACGGCCGCUACGUCUGGAAGAACGGCAACGAGUACGUCGGCGAGUGGAAGAACGGCGUGAUUUCAGGCCGGGGCGUCUUAAUUUGGGCCAACGGGAACCGCUACGAUGGGCAAUGGGAAAACGGGGUUUCUAAAGGGAACGGGACUUUCACUUGUGCCGACAGUAGCUGGAAUAAGAACAUGAAAAUCCAUCAUCUCAACGGAACUUUCUACACCACAAACGGAAGUAAUCAGAGCUUUAAGAGUAAUGGGCUACUGGAGAAUGAGAACUUAACCAUCACAUUACGGAAGAGAUCAUCGGUAGAUAUCGCGAGAGGAAGCUUGACAGAGAGGAAUUUCCCGAGGAUUUGCAUUUGGGAAUCCGAUGGUGAAGCUGGAGAUAUCACCUGUGAUAUACUCGAUAAUGUGGAGGCGUCGAUGUUGUAUAGGGAUGGGCUAGGUUUAGAUCGAGAUCUUUUUAAGCAGUUUAGGAGGAAUCCCUGUUGCUUCACCGGCGAGGCGAAGAAACCGGGCCACACCAUAUCUAAGGGGCACAAGAAUUAUGAACUGAUGCUUAAUCUCCAGUUGGGUAUCAGACACUCCGUUGGAAAGCAUUCUUCAGUUUUGCGGAAGCUUAAGUCCAGUGAUUUCGAUCCAAGGGAGAAAUUCUGGACAAGGUUCCCACCUGAAGGAUCGAAGACCACGCCGCCCCAUCCAUCCAUCGAAUUCCGUUGGAAGGACUAUUGUCCUGUGGUGUUUAGAUGCUUGCGGGAGCUAUUUCAAGUUGAUCCUGCAGAUUACAUGCUAGCAAUUUGUGGAAAUGAUGCCCUUAGGGAGUUUUCUUCACCAGGCAAGAGUGGAAGUUUCUUUUACCUCACCCAGGACGAUCGAUUCAUGAUAAAAACAGUGAAGAAAUCUGAAGUCAAGGUGCUUAUCAGGAUGCUUUCAAGCUAUUAUCAGCAUGUCUCCCGCUAUGAAGAUUCACUUGUGACAAAAUUUUUUGGUGUACAUUGUGUCAAGCCAAUUGGUGGGCAGAAGACACGGUUCAUUGUGAUGGGCAACUUAUUCUGCUCUGAAUACCGAAUCCAUAGACGAUUUGACUUGAAAGGAUCCUCCCAUGGCCGAACAACAGAUACUCCUGAGGGGGAGAUUGAUGAGACCACAACUUUGAAGGAUCUAGAUCUCAAUUUUGUGUUUCGCCUUCAGCGUAACUGGUUUAUUGACUUUAUGAAACAAAUAGAUCGAGAUUGCAGUUUCUUGGAAGCUGAAGGAAUCAUGGAUUACAGUCUUUUGGUUGGUCUUCACUUUCGAGAUGACAACACAUAUAACAAAAUGGGUUUAUCACCAUUUCUAUUGCGAACUGGCAAUAAAGAUUCUUACCGGAAUGAGAAGUUUAUGCGUGGCUGUCGUUUUCUUGAAGCAGAGUUACAAGACAUGGAUCGAGUCUUAUCUGGGCGGAAGUCGUUGAUCAGAAUAGGAGCUAACAUGCCUGCAAGAGCCGAGCGAUUAACUAGGCGGAGUGACUUCGAUCAGUACACCCCAGGAGGAAUGAAUCAUUUAACCCCUUCACGCAGCGGUGAGAUCUAUGAAGUAGUCCUCUACUUUGGGAUAAUUGACAUCUUACAAGAUUACGAUAUAAGCAAGAAAUUGGAGCACGCAUACAAGUCGUUGCAAGUUGACCCCAGUUCAAUCUCAGCUGUUGAUCCUAAACUCUACUCAAAGCGGUUCAGAGAUUUCAUCGGCCGAAUAUUUAUUGAAGACAGGUAGGCAUUGAAAGGGGUUAGCUCAAUGGAUAUGAAGAUUAAUGGCCGGUCGGAAUGAGAUGUCAAUUAACAAUGGGCUACUUCGGACCCCUCCAAAGCAAACAACAACUCAGUUAAUACUAGGAAGGAAGCUGCACGGAUGGGUGGAGCAGAUGCUUUGAUGUGGUCCUAAACUAUUUCCAUAUCAGAAUUCAGAUGCACGGCGGUGUGCGUGCUAGUCGUUAUGUCUGCAUCUUGAAUUUGGCAGGGGCGGGGCCGGGGC